ACGCGUAAUCGUCCUUCAUCUCUUCCAUUCUUUGAUUUGAAGUGUUGAAAUUUCUUUUGAUAGGCUAUCCUCGCCCACCCAGUACCUCACAUUUGUUCCUCACGAGAAAUUACUACAGCUUCAGUAGAUCUAGCUCUACGAUUGCUGUGACACUUACCGUGGCCCUGGACUACCACCCGUGUCAAUAUCAGAGAGUGAAUUUGGAUUGGAUUGUUUUUGAAUUCGCUGGACGGUGCUUGUCGACCUUUAUCUAUCAAGGCCAAGUCUCACCCACGCUCGACUAGACUAGUAAUGGCAGAGAACCUCUAGGGAUAAUGGAGCAGGCAUAAGUGGCAUAUUCUGGCAACUUUUGGAUGCCGUGUACAUAGCAAAGACGAAACCUCUGGUCAAGACUUAGCCUGCACUUUCUUUAUUCGACAACCAUGGUCAGUCUGAAUGCAAACGAUCGCAACUUUCAAGGGGGAUUUUUCCUCGGUGAUGAGAGCCAGACCGACGCAGAGAGUGUUGCUGCUGAUCACAGCUUGCUCACGUCGAGCACGUCCACAUUCAAGCCGUUGAAGAGUUUUUGGGUUGCCCUUGUGGAGACACUGCUCAUCACAGGCUACUUGGCUGCGUUGAUUGUGGCAGUAGCUAUUCCUAUGGAAAGCCCGACGUGGCCCAAAUCCACUACUCUAGCAGACCAGUUACCAUUCCCCUUCUAUGUUGUAAUGCACGCCGUUCUAUGGCUAGUCGUUGCCGCCAGCGAUCGAGUUGUUCAAAUAUUUCACCAGCAAGUGCGGCGGCGUGGCUACUUGGAUUUCUAUCGGCGCAAUCGGCUGCUACGGCGCAUGCCUUUUGUCGUUCUGUCUGCUGGAAAUGCCGUGCUGCUUGUGCUGACCCAGUUCAAGAACUGCACCACGACCGACUGCUCCUUCUCCGGGAUGAAGUGGAUGGAAGUGCUUUUGAUCUUGGUCUCGUCGGAAAUGCUCAUAGCACUGCCAUGUCAGGUCUAUUACCUGGUCAGAGUGUUCAAGUUCAAUUAUUCACGGCCCGCGCCGGACGUGGAAGAGGACCUAUCCUUGCCGUACUCAACGCCCUGGGUGGACGGCGGCACCGAGGGUGACAUUGGCCUGCGGGAAGGCGACUACCUGGACGAAGUGCUCGAGAAGCAGGCCGACAUGAUCCGAUAUUUGCAGCAGCACAACGCCAAUCUAGCGCGUCGGAUAGCUUCAUCGACGACUGCCAACCCACGGUAAUGCACCUCGCUGACACCAUUCAUUCUGAGUGUUUUCGAAACCCAUCUCCAUGUUUUAGUCCCUGUUCGCGACUGAAUACGUAAGUCAUCUGACGCAACCAUGAACAGUUCUUAGCCGGCGUCACGGAAGUUUUCUCCAUGGAAUAUUGGCGACGACCUCUUUGACCACGUUUCCGUAACGUAGCGUACCAGUAGGUAGCAGUAGCUGCGGACCAUAGCUGUGGCAUGCUCUCUGUUCUUACACUUACGCCAGUUCUGGUGCAGUGUGCUGCUGGCAGCAUUCUUGAUUUGAUGCUGCUCUCAGGGCAUUCUUCUAAUCCUUCACGAGAUAUGAGAUUUUUUUAUGAACUAGAACCGACUCCUUGCUGGGCAAGGCUUUUUUUGUUCCAACGACUCUGAUUGUGUUCCUGUCUUGAUGUCUUUCUUGUCGUGUUUGCCGAGCAUUUUCAUUUUGAAUUGUGCCGUGAAAAAUCCGCAUGGUCUAGGUUGACGAUGGAAGAUAUUGAGCCGUUUCAGUGUUGCUGUCACCCAAUCACGCGCUGGCCGUAUACUUAUCUGAAACGACAUUGUUUAGUAUCUAGGCUGUGCACAGUUUAUUUAUUUUUUAAGCGUGUUCAAUAUACCACGGUUGAUCUAAUUUCUUCUACAUGUACUUGUACGACGUGCAGUUACUUUGAUAUGAUGAACAGUUAGCAGUGCAAUACUGUGCAGCGGAGAA